GGAAAGUAAAGUCAAACUUAUCAAAAUUACAAUAUAUUAGUUACUGUAUUGGUGAUUUGACGUGAACUAAAUGCAAACAGUACUCUUCACAUCUAAUUUAUAUACUCACACAUGCUCAUCAUCAUUUUUCGAUCUUUCAGUCAUAAGAGCCAUAAGACAAAUCAAGAAGAGAUCUUGAAACAUAUUGCAACUUUCGCAACAUGUUUUAAUUUUUGACUUGUAGUAGGUUCAUAGAGAUACUUAGCACAAAAAUAGAAGCAUCUAUACAUUUUCCUUUUAACAUUAAGAUAAAUAUGCGCAAAGGUCGCAGAUUAACGAUUAGCCGGAGCGAGCGGUUUCUAUGGGAUCAUCAUAAGUCCAGUGACCGUCACAUGGAUGGAGAAGCCGCCGUCGAGAUGGAGCUCAUGGAAGAGGAUGUCUGGUCGGCGAUGGAGGCUCAUGAACAACCAAACGCAUGGACCAUACGCUCCCCCAAAACGACGGGCGGUGAACGGAGACACAACGGAGGCGGCAUGGGUGGCCUGGCCGAUAACAAUGAUGGACGGAGGAAGAAACACGUGGCGAGUUCUGCGCCGGUGAAAGUGCCUGAGUGGAGCAAGAUCUCAAAGGAAGAGGAGUCUAUCGAGUCAUUACAUAACGACAAUACUUCUGACGUGGGUGAUGGUGAGAUGGUGCCGCCUCAUGAAUACGUGGCGCGUAGCCGUAACGGUGACGGUAGCUCAUCAAUGUUUUUAGGCGUGGGGAGGACGUUAAAAGGAAGAGACAUGAGACGCGUUAGAGACGCCGUGUGGAGCCAGACCGGGUUUGAUGGUUAAGUAGGUACUUAAUUUAAUUACGAAUAUAUAUAAAUACAAUUUGUACAUAGACUUGGAGUAAUUAAGCACCAUACAAUAUAAUGUCAUUAUCAUGUUAAAAAAAUGGAUUAUUUUCCGUGGAAA